AUGGCCGAACUCUACCCCGAUCUCAAGGACCGUCCGAUCAAAGAAACUAUUGUCCUCUUCGAUGUGGACGGCACACUCACCCCGGCCAGACGGACCGUCUCAGCUGAGAUGCUGCAGAUGCUGUCGCGCCUGAGACAGAAAGUUGCAAUUGGCUAUGUCGGCGGCUCCGAUCUCGUCAAGCAACAGGAACAACUCGGCACGCCGUCCCUCCCCGUCCAGUCGCUCUUCGACUUCUGUUUCCCCGAGAACGGUCUGACCGCCUUCCGCCUGGGCCAGGCCCUGCCCGGCAACUCGUUCAUCCAAUGGCUUGGGGAAGAGAAGUACCAGAAACUGGUGCGGUUUUUGUUGAAGUACAUUGCCGGCAUCGAGGACAUCCCCAAGAUGCGCGGGACCUUCAUCGAGUUCCGAAAUGGCAUGAUCAACGUCAGCCCCGUCGGUCGUAACGCCAGUCAAGCCGAGCGAGACGAGUUCGAGGCUUGGGACAAGAAGUCCGGCUGCAGAGAGAAGCUGAUCAAGGCCAUUCAGGCCGAAUUCCCGCAUCUGGGACUCACAUAUUCCAUUGGCGGCCAGAUCUCGUUUGACGUCUUCCCGGAUGGCUGGGACAAGAGAUAUUGCUUGCAGCACAUUGAGGCCGAGGCCGACCCGUCCAAGAACCUCUCGGGCAUCCACUACAAGCACAUCCACUUUUUCGGCGACAAGGCCUUCCCCGGCGGCAACGACUGGGAGAUCUACAGUGAUCCACGAACCAUCGGUCAUGCCGUCACCUCGCCGGAAGACACCAUGAAGCAGGUCAAGGAGAUCUUUGGUGUCUGA